AUGCACGUACCGCAAGGUAUGGCUUAUUCAAGUCUGGCUGACGUUCCUCCUGUUUACGGCAUGUACUCGUCAUUCUUCUCCUCAACUAUUUAUAUGUUUUUUGGAACCUCACGUCAUAUUUCAAUAGGUGUAUUUGCUGUCGCUUCUCUGAUGGUUGGCGCUACACUGAUUCGCCUCGCACCUGAUCCCGACGAUCGAUUUGGUAACUCAACAUCUCCGAUUGGUGAUGUGGAUCCUCUCGUGAUAACAAGCUCUCUGGCGUUUAUUGUUGGCGUCAUUCAGAUAGUGUUUGGAGCGCUGCGACUCGGUUUUCUCACCACAUAUCUCUGUGACCCGUUGGUAUCUGGAUUCACCACUGGUUCUGCAGCACAUGUCCUUGUUUCACAGCUGAACAAGGUUCUUGGGGUAAAGCUGCCCAGGCAUGAGGGUGCUGGAAUGCUCAUAAUGAUGAUUCGCGAUCUAGUCUACUCUGUUCCGUUGGCGAACGUGACCACUGUGCUGAUAUCAGUCUUCGGGAUACUUUUUUUGGAUCUCGGUAGAACGCAUGUAAACUCACGUGUGAAGCGUUUCUCACCUGUGCCUCCUCCUCUUGAGCUUAUUCUGGUGAUAAUUGGCGUCAUUGUAUCAGUCGCACUCAAUCUGAACGAGAAUUAUCACGUUUCGAUAGUGAAUACCAUUCCAAGAGGUUUCCCAUUACCAUCUUUGCCGAACAUUUCGUUAGCUCCUCACCUAAUCUCCGACGGCAUCGCAAUCGCCGUCAUCUGCUACAUGUUCGUGAUGUCAAUGGGAAAGCUAUUCGCUAGGAAGCACAAGUACAGGACUGAUGCUACGCAGGAAUUUUAUGCCGUUGGAAUAAUGUCAAUAGCAUCGUCUUUCUUCCCAGUAUUUCCGGUGGGUGCCUCACUUUCCAGGUCGUCCGUCUGUGAAAUGUCAGGUGCAAAUACCCAGUUCUACACGGUGUUCUCGUCGGUUUUACUUCUCACGGUGAUUCUAUUCCUAGGACCGUUUCUCGAACCGCUUCCUAUGUGUAUUUUGGCUUGUAUAGUGAUCGUGAGCCUCAAAGGGCUAUUUCUACAAGUCACCGAGCUGCCCCGUUAUUGGAGGAUCAGCAAAUAUGACUUCGCAAUUUGGUUGGUGGCCUGCUUGACCACAGUGUUCACCGAUGUCACUAAGGGACUCGUUAUUUCAUUGGCGUUCGCACUGUUUACAAUCGUUCUCAGAGAACAAUGGCCGCAAUUUUCUGCCAUUCAAGUAGACGAAGCUGCCUCGAAACAUGUUCCUGAAGGAGUGUCUGUACUGAAAUUCGAGUCACCUUUACACUUUGCUAAUGUGACUUUCUUUAUGGAUAGGAUAAAUGAGGUGAUCUCGACAGCAAGAAUUGAGGUAGCAUAG